AUGUUCGUAGGAGAUGAACAGAACGAAGCUUCAAUAAGACCUAACGAAAUUACUGCUCCUGUUUAUAUUGCAGAAUUGUCACCAUCGGAAAUAAGGGGAGCACUAGUUACCACAAAUGUGCUUAUGAUAACUGGUGGAGUGUUUGUUUCUUAUCUAGUAAAUCUUGUUUUUGCAAAUGUCCCUGGGACAUGGCGAUGGAUGCUGGGAGUAUCAGGUGUGCCAGCAGCAACUCAGUUUUUUCUCAUGCUCUUGCUGCCUGAAUCUCCCAGAUGGCUCUUCAUAAAUAGAAAAUGA